GUCGCGGGUCGUGGGUGUGGAAUGUGGAAUGUGGAUGUCCAAUGUCCAUUGUCCACUGUCCAGCGCAGCGUCAACUCAGCUAUGGCGUUUACUUCACGUCUAAAACGACAUGCACUGUAUAACUUCGCUUAUUUAAUCGUUUGUUAUUGUAAUUUUUAUUUGGCAGCUACAGUAAUAGUUUAAUACACCGUAAACACCACAACGGCUCAACUGGGCAACCACGGUCAUCCGGUAAUCCAGUGGUGUGGAAUCCGCAGUUGUUCAUCAGGUAAUAAAUUAUCAACUUUUUGAAAAACAAUGAAUUAAACUGGUCAAAAAGUCAAACAAUUAUUAUAACGUUAACUGAUUGAAAAUAUCAUAAGUAAUAUUAAAAAAAGAUGUUAAAGAAAAGAAAACAUCAUUAUAGAAGAAGAAGAUUUCAUAAAGAAAACAUACAUUUUGUUGUUCGGCAGUCAUAGUUUGAGUAAUAGGUUCUAGUAUGGCUUCUUCAAAUUCUAGCAAUGGUAAUUCCAAUUUAAAAAACUUUAAAUUCAAUUCUUUUUUAAAUUUGUCAAGUUCAAAAAAUUUUUCAAACAUUUUACAAGUAAAAGAAAUCCCAACACCCCUGCAAUUAAUAAGUGAUAGCACACAUAAAAGAUGGUAUGAUGUAACAGUAAAAAAUGCAAAAAGUGGCAGUAAAACUUUAAAAAAACAAAGGUCUUGUAUACCGAUAGAGUGUAAGAAUAAAUGCCCAGAAACUUCAUGUUGUAUUCGUAUUACUAACUUGACCAGGAGAGUUACUGUUCAUUGCCUUCGACAAAUAUUUUCUGAUUUUGGAACUAUAAAAAACUUAGAUCUACAUUUCAACCACUAUGAUAGAUUUUCUAAAGGAUUUUCUUACAUAAUGUUUUCCUCUUCAGAAGAAUCUGAAAAUGCUGUAAGAAAUAUGGAUAGAUGUGAAAUUGAUGGACAUGAAAUAAUAUGUGAACAAUGGUUCUUGCCAUAUACAGAAUGCCGGGUGAGUUCUAUACUUCGCGGUGCUUACAGCGGAGUUGGAUACCAAAGAGGUUCAUCAAAGUGUAUAUCACCAACUUAUACUACACAACAUUCUUCUCGACUAGAUGGAUUAAGUUCUCAUUCUGGAUCUCCAGCUAAUUCUCUAACGCCUUAUGAUUACUUGCCGACAAACAAAUCUUUCUCUGGGAUUUCAAGAAGAUCAUAUUCCAGAUCUCCAAGGCAAUCUAGAUUAAGAUCUCGUUCUAAUUCCUUAACAAUUUAUCAUUCUAAAUCUCAAAGAAAAUCUCGUAAUAGAUCUCGUUUUAAUCAUCAAAGUAUACAGGAUUCUAUGCGUUUAAAAAGUUCUCGCUCUAGAUCUUCAAAAACAUCUCGUAAUAUAUAUUCUAGAAAGCCAUAUUAGCUUCAUUAAAAAUAAAUAAUUCUAAACUAUUUAUAAAUGCAUUGAUACAAAGAAGUACAAAUUAUUAUUAUAAUUGUUGUUUUUUUUUUUUAUUCAUUACUAAAAAUUUAUUUUGUAUACUAGUAUAAAAUCAAGGUCCUUCAUCUUUGACAAGCAAUAAGCCAUGAAUAUCGCAACAAAUAGUAUAAAUAUAUUAAUAUAUUUUAUAAAAUGUCAAUUAAUUGUUAUCAGUAAACGUAACUAUUAUUACA